UUUGAAAUCAGGUUUUCCUGAUUCUAGGUCCUAAUCUACUAGUUGCCUAAAAACAGGGAGACAGUAUUACUUUAUUAAGAAUAAAUGUCAUAAUUACCUGCUAUAAAAUAAAAACUCAGGCUUCAGGGAUAUUUGAAAGAAGCUAGUCCAGCUCUUAUUGUACAUACCUACAGACUAUGAAGUAGAGACCCAAAGAAAGGAAAUGACUUAUUGUUACUAUCCCUAUUUUCCUGAGGGGGAAACUGGAGUACAGAAAAAAUAGGUGUCAUUGAAAGCAGUGUGGUAGCCAGAAUAUUAAACAUGGAGUCAGGAAAACCCCAAUUCAGAUCCUACUUUACACACUAGCUAAGGGAGCUUGGGAAAAACUUAACUUUCCCUAGCCUUAGAGAUAAUGAAUAACAAUAAUAACAGGACCCAUUUCACAGAGUUGUGAGGAUCAGAAGUGUCGAAUUCUGUGCUAUAAAAAUGUCGGCUAUAAAUGAACAGAUUGAGGGGGCUUAUGAAAGGGAUCCUUAAGGAGGAAUGUGUGUAUGUAGCAGGGUUGGGAUGGAGGCCAGGGAACUGUUUCUCUCCUGACUUCCCACACUCCUUCCCCACCACUAAACUCCUUGUGCUGGCCUUGGUGGAUCUCAGAUGGGGAGAAACAUUGUUUUCCAAAUGUUUAAAUCUACUCACAGGAAACAAGGUCUGGACCUAGAACCAGGGCUUUCCAAUAAGUCUUCUGCUAGAACGUCCUCCAUUCUUUGACUUCAACCCAAUUCAGUAGGUCAUUGUAAGCAGCACAGCCAUGAUUUGAACCCAGCUCUUCCGACUCUAGACCCACCCUUCUAGCCAGGGGAGCCUGACACCCACCUGACACCUCAAAUGCUUGGUCUGGACAGAUCUGCUCCUGGGUUUACUUGCAGGCUGGUUUUAAAUCAUGAGCUCUCAAAACUUUUCAACCAACUGUGGGAUGCCGACGUUAACCGCUUCAGGCCUGGCCGAGACUAUGCCAUUUCCCUGCAGGGGAAGGCAGACUUUGUCCCCCAAGGUGUCCACAGAACCACCGACCAUGCUUCUCAGGCUCUGUUCCUCUGGGUGAACGAGGGCCGGUUACAAAGCACCAAGACCUUUGCAGCUUUUAUCUCCCUUUUGGAUAACUACGAGACGUCAACGGGUAUAGCAGAAGUCGUGACCCCGGAGGAAGAAGCAGAAAACAACCUGUUCCUGGAUGCUCUCUUAGAGACAGAGGUGAUGAAGCUCACCCAUCAGUAUCUGGUGAGAAAAAACUGGUCCAAGCCCAGCCGGACGGAUUUCAAGGCUCAGCUCUACAGAAUCUGGUUCCAGCUGUACACUCGGGAGGGCCACCAAGGGCCUGAUUCUUGUGGUUUUGAGCACGUGUUUGUGGGUGAAACGCGGCGAGGACGGGAUAUCCUGGGCUUCCAUAAUUGGGUCCAGUUCUACCUGCAGGAGAAGCGGGGAAAUAUCGAUUACAAAGGCUAUGUGGCCAGGAAGCACAAGAGCCGGCCUGAUGAAGAUGACCAGGUGUUGAACCUUCAGUUCAGCUGGAAGGGUUUGGUGAAACCCGUGGGCAGCACCUUCUUGGGCGUGAGCCCUGAGUUUGAAUUCGCCCUCUUCACUGUCGUGUUCCUGCAGUCCCAAGAAAAGGUCACUCGGGAGCUCGUCCGCAUCGAGGAGUACGAGCUGCAGGUUGUGGUCUGCCGCCACGGUCAGCACAUCGGUUCCGCCUACCCCAUCCUGCUCAGCAGCAACAAUGAGGACCUGUACUGAGACUGGGGGGGGGGGGCUGGGGCCUGAGAGGGGGCCGGGGGCCUGAGUAGGGGCCAGGGCCUGUGCAGAGCCUUCCUGGAGAAGUCAUUCAUUCCAGAGGGCCUCCUGCUACUGUGUGAUGGAACGGGAAGACGGGAGUCCUGGUUUCUGUUCUCUCCUUUGUACCUGUGUCUCCUUGGACAAAUGAGGGCUAAUCUCCACUUGUAAAAACAGAACUAUUCUCAUCUGAAAAUUUCUGUUCUAAGCCUUCUCCCAGCCCUAACAUUCCCUGUUCUAAACCCCCUCCCAGCCCUGACAUCCCCUCUUCUAAGCUCCCUCCCAGAUCUGACAUCCCCUG